GCAGAGAUGCGCACGUUUCGGCGCUCGCCGAGGGAAAAGGGACGCCGCGAUCGUGACUUCGGGACAUGAGAGCGACGAUGAAGCCCGCCAGCCUACAUAGCAGCACCUGAGGAGCACGCUCGCUUCCAGCAGUACGUCCUAUAAGGAAUUCGGCCGGUUCACUUGGGAUUUACGUGAGAAUUGUUCGUUCAUCAAUUUUUGGUGAAGAUAAAUUACCAUUAAUAAGAGUAUAUCUCUUUUGUGCGUUUUGUUCAAAGAGGUUCUCAACGUCCAUAGUUAAGGGCACGAGAGCCAUGUCAUCAGGCGCAGGUUCCAGUGGAACUAGCCGGGGGCGUGGUUCAUCACUGGCAGACAAUAAGCCUGAGAGCAAGGAAGCGAAGCCUAAUCCAAAGAUGUCGAAAGCUUUAGGAACAUCCGCCAAAAGGAUACAAAAAGAAUUGGCAGAAAUCACAUUAGAUCCACCUCCAAAUUGCAGUGCAGGACCUAAGGGAGACAAUUUAUAUGAAUGGGUAUCAACGAUACUUGGACCUCCAGGUUCAGUUUAUGAGGGAGGAGUAUUUUUUUUAGAUAUACACUUUUCCCCAGAGUAUCCUUUUAAACCUCCAAAGGUUACAUUCCGAACACGCAUCUAUCAUUGUAACAUCAACAGUCAGGGUGUAAUUUGCUUGGAUAUAUUAAAGGAUAAUUGGUCUCCUGCGCUAACCAUUUCCAAGGUUCUAUUGUCCAUCUGUUCUCUCUUAACAGACUGUAAUCCAGCGGAUCCUUUAGUAGGAAGUAUAGCAACACAGUAUCUACAAAAUAGAGAAGAGCACGAUCGUAUAGCACGGCUUUGGACUAAACGUUAUGCCACAUGAAUGACUAAAAAAAUCUGACCUCCUGUUCCUUCAAAGCGAACUUAGGGGAGCCCGUUCAACUAUAUUAAAAUUUUGAUUAUUCGAACUGAUCAGUGUUUUAAUAAAUUAAUGAAAAGAAUCAAA